AUGACAGACACCUACUCCCUCCCCCUCCCAAUGUCGUCACGAAAACCUCUCCACCCUUCCGUCUCCUCUUCCUACGAAUACGCCUACUCGACUCCUCCAUCCUCGUCGUCACAAGGUGUGGUCCCGAUCCCACGUGCAGCACAUGAUGCUCGGAGAACACCGUCAUACGCUACAUCCAGUUCGAUAUCCAGUAGUUCCUACGCUGGCAGUGCGGCCGAUGAGUUUGAAGAUGGGAGUAUGGAGACCAAUGAUCUGGUUAGCGUGUUGACGGAUAGAUUGGUUGCGGCGUUUGAUCCGAUUCCUUUGGAUAGGAGUUUGGUCGUGCAGGCGCAGACAUCGGGCAUGUUAAACGCGAAAACACGGGAAUUGAUGGAACUCCAGGCGAUGGCGCAGAAGAGGCUUGCUGAAACAAGAGCGAAUUUCUUAGAUGGGAUGAAGGUCGCAAAGAAGGUUAAAGGUGAUUUGGAGUGGUUACAGAAGAAGACUGAUGCGCUUAAAGCGAAAGCUGAACAGCGGUAUCCGGUGGAAUAUAACAUGGCUAGGGAGAGAUACCCUGGACCUGCGGAUUAUGAGUAUUAG